AUUUGUCUAGAGAGAACUCCAAGCCAGUCUUCCAGUUGAAAGUACUUGUAAGCGUUUGACCUUAGCAAGAAUCAUGACUUAUUUGUACUGCCACAUCUGCAAGAAGAGCAUCAAAGGUUACAAGUAUGGACAGCAUAUGCAGGAACAUGAGGCCACUAUGACGCUCCAGUGUACAUACUGUUCAUACGAAACAGAGGGAAGAUCUGAGAUGACGAGGCACUUUGGAAGAAUGCAUAACAGCAGAAAACAGGAGGCUAAAUACAUUAACUACACGGCGGCGACAAAUGAACAUCUAAGUAGGAAACGUGAAGGGGAGAGGAAAAGAAGGGACAAAGAGGAAGAAAGGAAGACAGAAAGGGAGAGUAAGGACAGGAAGGAAAGAAAGCGUGAAGUAGAAGAGGAAGAAAGGAAGACAGAAAGGGAGAGUAAGGACAGGAAGGAAAGAAAGCGUGAAAUAGAGGAGGAAGAAAGGAAGACAGAAAGGAAGGAAAGAAAGCAUGAAGGAGAGGAAGAAAGGAAGACAGAAAGGGAAAGUAAGGACAGGAGGGAAAGUAAGGACAGGAAGGAAAAGAAAGACAGGGAGGACAUUAAGAAAGAGAAAGAGGACAGGAAGGAGAAGCUUGAGGAGGAGCAGCCUGAGGAGGAAGACAGAAGAACCCAGUCAGGGGAGGCAGAGGUAGACAGUAGAGAUGCACUUGACCUCCAUCCUGAUGAGAGCUCGGAGGAAAAGUCGGGGGACUCUGGUGAUGAGGAAUCCGAGGAGGAGGAAGAGGACUCCAUGUCACGGAAAAGGGAACUAACUGUAACCACUGAGGAGGACAUAGACGUAAAUUUGAAAGUGAAAAAGCCAAGGUUAGGUUACAUCCAAGUGAACAGAGUGGAGGUGUAUACAACCACUUUCAUAACGGCAUAUGGAGAGAAGCGAGUGCAUGAGGAGAAGAAGACCAUAUAUUAUUUUAAUGAACAGAAGUAGUUUAAUGAUGUGAUCAUCUUAAUUUUGUAUAUACAUGUGAAUUACAGUAUACUAUAAGAUGGUUUGUUGAAGAAGUGAUAAAUGAUUCUGAGAUCUGAAUGUUUUAAGAAAAUAAUUCGAUUGAAUCUGUUAAAAUUGUAUAUUUUCAAUAGUGUUUUAAAUUGAAUCGCUGGGACAGCGAUUUAGUAAGAGGGGGGCAGUGUGAAGAAAUACCCCCAAAAUUUUUCAAAAUUCUCUUUUAAUAUUUUCUAUUUAGAUCUGUGCUUACUUUCAGCCAGAAUUAAUUACUAGUAUCCAAAAUCUAUCAAAAAUUCCACUUUAAUACAACGCCACCACUCACAGCUGUUGUUUGUUUUGAAUCUUGAAUGAACGUAGUAAAAUCAGCUGAGUGUGUUUACUACAGCAGUCAAUGAGCAUAGUAACGGAGGCAGAUUGUGCUAUUUUUAGAACCACAGCAAUACAUAGGAUUUAGUACGUGGGACAAGGUUAGGUUAAUGGCGUGCACGGUGAUGCACGGAGCGAGUUUUCUCGAUAAAUUGUCACUUACCUUGUAAAUGUCUUUUAGGUGAGGAGCUUGAUGCUCUAUUUUUCCCUUUUAUGAUAAAAUGAUGUCUUUAAUGAUCCUAUUUUAGUCACUAGAAGUGAUUAUUCCCUACCGGAAAUGGUACAUUCUGUAUUUCGUCUUUCGCGGGUGAUGACGUCACAAACUUUUGGCCAAUCACGUAAGCGGGCAAAUCAAGUUUUUGUCAGGCGAUAGGGGCCCGAUGGCUAGGGGUAUAAAAGGGGCAGAGGGUGAAAAUUUCUUCACUUUGCAUCUUUGAGAGUAUUUGUCUAGAGAGAACUCCAAGCCAGUCUUCCAGUUGAAAGUACUUGUAAGCGUUUGACCUUAGCAAGAAUCGUGAGUGGAAUAUUUCUUUAAACUUCUUAAGGUUAUAUAAUAUCCCCCCCCCCCCUUUUCUAUAAAAAGGAAUUUCUAAUUAAAUUUGUGAGAACUGGAAUUUCGAAGUUCUUUAUAGAAAUUUUAGGCUUGAUGCCCGAUCGAUGAGAUGAAUAUUUUUAUGUCUGCCCUUAACAUUGGUCUUACUCUUAGAGAUAUUACUUGAUUGCUGAUUUUAUUUUGUAUGUGGUACACAACAGAAUUUAAGGAGAGUUUUGUUUUGUUUUUCCCUCUUUCUCAAUUGAUAAACGCAGAAGUAUGAAACAUCGUAACGUUAAGGAAAUUGGGGUAACUUAGGGACAAAAGUGCAAGGGUACCUCGUAGUUAUGUAGUCUUUAGUUUGAGUUUGUUUUGUACCUCGUAGUUGCCUAUAAAUCUAGGCUUAAGUCUUUUACGUCUUGACAGAUGAAUAUUUAGAUGUUAUUUCAUGAUGUGUCUAUGGAAAUGUUGUAGACUGUUUUUAAGUCAGAGAAUGUGGAUGUAGGCCUAGAUUUUAUUGUAUUGUGCAUGGAAGAAUAUGAAUUCCCCCCCCCCCCUUCCUUCGACGAAGUUGGCUGGCGUUGUACAGAGAGGUCGAGGGCAGCUCGAACUCAGUACGGUAGAUUGACGGCGGCAGAAAUGAGAGGUUCGACAAGUGACAAUCCUGAGUAAGGAACGUCAUCGUGCACCGGUACUCUCAGUACUCUGUACUUCUCAUCAUCGUGCAUCGCGUACUCUCAGUACUCUGUACUUCUCAUCGUGCACCGGUACUCUCAGUACUCUGUACUUCUCAUCGUGCACCGGUACUCUCAGUACUCUGUACCGUACUUGUCAUCGUGCAUCGCGUACUCUCGGUACUCUGUACUUCUCAUCGUGCACCGGUACUCUAGUCUCAGUACUCUGUACUUCUCAUCGUGCAUCGCGUACUCUCAGUACUCUGUACUUCUCAUCGUGCAUCGCGUACUCAGUACUCCACACCAGUGAACACUGGGCACCGUCUACCAAACCCCUGUCCAUCUGAGAUGACUUCAUAGCUGCUUUCUUACAUUCAAUCCCGGUUAGGGAACGAAUUUAGGCAGUCUUCACCAUGUUUUCUUCAGUAUUUCUGACAUUCAAUCCCGGAUAGGGAACGAAUUUAAGCAGUCUUCACCAUGUUUGCUUCGAUGUUUCUUCAAUUCUUCGACAGCAUGGAACCUCUUGACUCUUACCCCCCCCCUCUCUCAUCCUUCCAAGUUAUUCAUGCACACAUACAAUUAUUAAUAACUUGUAUUUUGGUAGUGUAUUAAUUCUUAUAAAGUUAUUUCCAAAUAUUUAAUCAGAACAUUACUUGAUUCUAAUGCAACGAGUUAGAAUGGUUGGAAUGUUAAGUUUUAUGUCUUGUUAUGGACCAGGUUGAACAUAGAAAGUUGUUGGUAUAAAAAGGACUUUGUUAGUCUAAUAUUUGGGAGAUAAAAUCUCGAGGCCAGAUAUUACUAGGAGUUAGUGGCAGGAAAUAGGCCGGGGUGGAGAGACCUUGGAAUGGCCAUUGAAGUGGCGCGAUGGGUUGGAAACAGGGAAGUUUAGGAUGAUUUUAUAGUUAGGAGAAAAGGUUUGAUAUCUAGAUGCAGGCAUUAGAUAUGUUAAGCAAAGUGAUGGUGUAGAAACAAAGACACCUUUAUACCAACUUGGAAUGUUGUUCAGAAGACCGUAGAGAAUAUAGAAUAGGCCUACUCGCAGCAAGGUUAUGGAAUGAUGAAGAUAGAUGGAAAUAUUUACAAAGUUCACACUUUUACUGAACACAAAUCAAACAGACUAUGUUGUAGAAUUUAAGAUAGUUUAUUCAAAGAGUGACGAAGCAGAAGUUUCUUGUCAUUUAUUUACAGCGUAGGUUUAUUAAAUGUUCGGUGAACAUUUAAUUAUUUGUAUUAAGACGUCAGCCAUGUAACAUAGGAUUAGGACGGUGAACAUCUAAUUAUUGAAUUAAGACGUCAGCCAUGUAACCUAGGACUUAGUUUUAAGCAUGUAAAUAUGUCAAUUACUGUAAAGAAACAUCUGAUAAAAAUGCCACUUUUACUAUUCAUGAAUUUACAAGAGUUUGAAUUGUUAAAGUUAUUGUUGUUAAUAAAUGUUUUACAUCGGGUAU